UAUAAAUACUAAAAUGAGGGUUUUGAGUCAAAAUGAUCGAUACCAGCGUUUAUCACUUAGCCUCUGAAGCCAGAACUCCGGUCGAUAAUUCGCCGGAGAAUCAAAUCCACGGGUUUUGUGUCUCGUGAUGCCUGGGUUUGAUAGAAUCAGCGAAUUACCGGAAUCUUUGAUUACUCAAAUACUCUUAUGCCUUCCGACUAAAGAUUCGGUGAAGACGAGUGUUUUAUCUACUAGAUGGAAGAAUCUAUGGCUAAAUGUUCCCGGACUUGACUUGAACUGCCGUGAUUUACCUGAUCAAGAUGAAGAAUAUGAAGAAGUGUUUAUUAACUUCAUCGACAGGUUUUUAGAGUUUAAUCCUGAGUCACGCCUGCAAAAAUUCAAGGUAGAUUACAGUAGGCGUGAGAUACUUGGGUUCAAGGAUCGGAUCGGUACAGCGAUUAACCGCGGAAUUCGACUUCUUGAUGCUGUGAGCAGUACCGAAUAUCGAGAGGAUGACGGCUUUAUGUAUCCUUAUUUCGAGUUCAUGCCUCUGAAUCUGUUUACGAGCAAGACAUUGGUUUCUUUAAAGCUCUCGUGUUCGGGUCUUAGGGAUCCGGGUUUUGUUUAUAUGCCUUGUCUUAAAGUCAUGUUUCUUCAGGAAAUUCGAUGGUCUGGUACUAUGCAUCUUGAAAAGCUUGUCUCUGGAUGUCCUGUUCUUGAAGAACUGACCUUGGUAAGGUAUCUUGAUGAGGAUGAAUUGGUGGUUGCGCUUACCCGUGUGAGAUCUUGGAGUCUGAAGACGUUUUAUGUUCCGCUCACAUAUGGAAGUUUUUGUAGAUCAAGAGUCCUAGACACAGUACUUGAGAUUGAUGCUCCAGGACUAGAGUCUAUGACUCUCAAAGAAGACCAUUUCGAGAAAAUCAUAGUAAAGAACCUGACUUCUUUGUUCAUGAUUGACCUUGAUAUCAAGUUUGUUGUCAAUUAUGACAGUAGUUUUGAUCCAGAGGACUUAUGGAAGACAAAUGAAAUCCUUGAUUUUCUCACUGGGAUAUCUCGUGCAAGACAUAUGAUCAUCUCUAAGAAAACAGUGAAGGCCCUUGAUAGUUACUCAAAAGUAGGAUCGAUUCCCAAAUUCAAUAACUUAUCCCGUUUACAGGCUGUGUUCCCGAGCCCCUUGCUACCGUUUUUGCCAGCCUUUCUUGAGAGUUUCCCGAAUCUGAAAAUCCUAAUCCUGAAGAUUGCUUUUGCAAAGGAUGACGAGACGGAGGAGCUGAAUCUCGUAAAUGUGCCUCGGUGUUUCAUAUCGACUCUCGAAUGUGUUGAGAUAAAAGGAUUGUUUGAAUGGGAGGAAGAGGAGAUGAUAAUAGCGAAGUACUUUCUUGAAAACUCAGCAGUCCUCAAGAAACUCACUCUGAGUUUCAUAGACUACCCUCGAUAUGCAUCAAAUUCAGAUGUCUACGAGGAUCUUAAUAAACUCACAAAACGUUCUCGGAGAUGUCGAAUUAUCGUUGAUGAUGACUGAUGAAUACUGAUGCGCAACCAUGAAGAAAGAAGCCCAUGAGCAUUAUCAGUGUAAGAGUGAGUCUGUUUUGGCAUGAAAAUUGCUGUUAAGCUUUAGCAUUUUUUUUAAAUCAUUUUGUUGUUCUGGUUGGAUUUCUUAGCCAUAGACGUUUCAAGUUCUUUAAAUUCGGUGUGGUUUUGCCACUCUUUGGAAA